GGGGUUAAUGUCUCCUCUGCUCUGUGUAAUCACUUGUCAGGGCUCAUAAUGACCUUUACUCUCAUAUAAGGCUGUCUCCCAGCUCCUGUGCCAGGCUGAGGAUGGGUCUCUUCUCAUACAUACCCAGGGUCCCAUGGCAGUUCUGGGGCAGCGUGGACUGUCUGCUACAAGGUCUGGUUGGGGCCAGCGCUGUGUCCGUCCUCUACAACUUCAUGAGGGUCCAUCUCUACAUCAUGUGUCUGAAUGACCCCGAGAGGCAGAAGAGAGCCGCCCAGCUCGCCUCCCAGUCUCGGCUCAGGGAUCUUCUCCAUCUGCUGCUCCUCACCCUCCUCUACUCCCUGCUGGGGCCACGAGUGGGGGCCCUAGUGACUCUGGAGUUCUCUCUGCGUGCAGUCUCCAUGAUCCUGUCUCUGCCAAAGGGCACCCACAGCUCGCAGCUCUUCUUCCUCUGCCAGUUCUCCCUGGGCUGUGGGGUGACCUGCAGCCUGGAUUACCUGCACGAAGGAGCCCCCCACCGCACCUGGAACCUGCUGCUGGCGGUGGGCCUGUCCACCCUGAUUGUGUGGCAGACGAGGCGGAUGAGCCGGCACGUGGGGGUGAUGUACCAGCUGCACAGCAGUAAGCGGUAUUGCGGGGUGUGCCUGUCGCUGGUGGCAUGGUGGCAUGAGAUCCCCACCGUCCUGCGCCGCGCCCUGAAAGUGGCGUUCCUCGUGUCCGACCUGGCGGCAGUGGCUGUGAUCAACAGGGAUUUCCUCAGCACCUCGGAGGCCGUACGGUUCUGGACCCCACUUACCAUCUGCUACACCCUGCUGGUUAUAUAUAUGCAAGAGGAGCAGAACCAGAAGCCCACGGAGCAGAUGGCCUAUCAGACGGUGUUCGUGCGUAUGGGGGGUCUCCUGAUUCUCAUGAUGACAGUGGGGAGAUGGUCCGACAUCUUACACAUCUUCAUCUCGCUGGUGGGAGAGCUGUGGUGUCUGGCCCAUGCCGGGGUCAUGCUGGACAUUUGCCGGGAAGAGGAUUAUGCAGCAAGAAUAUUAUCGUCCCGAACGUUCCGCGCUCCGAGGAAAGAAAGCGGAUUGAGGGCCGGGCAUAGCCCAGAGGAACAAGACUGACCUCUUAUGGGAAAACUUUUGUGCCAGAUAGAACAACAGGGAUUAUGUGCUCUACACCUGUUAUUAUGGGAACAGAUUACAUGGUGGUUACAGUGUACUUGUAGUGCAUCAGCCGGUGUUUUCCCUACUCCGCUCUCUGGGACACCAGGAGAAGGUGGGACUGGACGAUGGGCGUGAUGCUAUACUGGAGUUCGGAAUAAAGCGUUCAGAGCCCAGAUUUAUGGGAACCUACACAAGUUGAGCUAUGGACCUAAUCAGACCUUUGGUGGUGGCCUCAGGGUCACAAACUAUGUGGUGGGAAUUGCUGGAACUUGCAUCUCUGUGGGUUGGGAUGACCAAUGGAUUGGCGCAGAUAGUUAACUACUAAUCCUGGAAUCACAAGAGCAAGAGUCACUAAUUGAGCCACAAUGCUGGUACCACAUAACCCUUUCCACGUGGGAUCUAGGUCAGCUGCCACCUUCCUCCUGAUGAAACCAUGAGACUCACACGGAGAAACGCGUCAAUUUACAGUACAGCAUCUGUUAUCAGCUGGUGUCCUCACAGCAUCUGUUACAUUCCAGCGGCUCUGCUGUGAAAGGCAGUGGCUCCCGGGGAUCACCGGGCUGCUACCACUUACUGGCUCUCUUCUCCUGAGCCAACUGUGACACGCACGCACAGUCGCCAGCUCCAGCCGGGCCCACUACUACCACACUAUAACCAAUGCCACAUAGACCUGAACCGUGUGUAAGCUGGUCUCAUAUGGGAACGUUCAAUAAUUGCGCUGCCGGAUACCCCUUGGACGGACGUGUGUUCCGCAAUUUGCUUGGCAAAUUUUCUUCUGUCUAACUAACCGUUCCAAGCUGCCAGUUUACCAUUCUGAUCCCUUAUCCCCAUACUGCUGCGUUGUACACUAUGAUACUGAGAAAAACACAAGGUUUAGUGCAUCUAUUAUAGGGAUUCCAGAUGGCUUUCUGGACUUUAAUUGAUACUAUAUGUGUUUUGUUGUGUGGUGUUUUUUGUUGUUGUUGUGGGGUAUUUUAUUUUUUGUUGCUUUUAUUUAAGUAAUUUUAUUUUGUAUCUGACUCCAGUCGCUCCUUGUGGGGUGUUUUUUUUUUUU